UUUCCACAAGCACUAGUUGUGAUGAUUAUAUUUAUCUUGUUUAAAAUAAAUAUCUUUCACAAUUUUCCACAAAACAGGUUUCCUUUGAAGAUGAUGAAAGCAUUCAAUGCAAGUUAGAACAGUUUAUUUCCGGUACGAAGCCAGGAUUCAGGCAAAGCAGAUCCCUGUUCUUGACAUGGUUAGAUUUCAAGGGAUGCGAGAUGCAACAUAUAUCCCGAUAUCAAUCACCUCGAAAAGAAGUGCAUCGCUAAAACGCGGCAAAUAAAUGAGGUAUAGUACCCGGAUUGCCAAUAUAUUACAAGGGGAAAUUCAGAAUUUGAAAGAAAAACUGGUAAAUAAAGACAGGCAGAUUGCAGAUAUGCAGGCAAACCAAAACAGAAUGUAUGCAGAGAAUGAUAGUCUAAUGCUCAGAGUGAAAAUGGCAGAACAGACAGCAGCAAGGGCAAGGGCUUCCCUACCAAAGGAAUCUCGGGUUGCUGCAAAGAAACAGCUUUUGCAGGAAACGGUUACACAAGCAAACAAUGCCAGAUUCGAUAAGGUGGCAGUUGUGGAAUAUACAAACCAGAGUGUGUAUAUUGGAGAAAUGGAGGGAAACAUGAUGACCUUUGCCCGUCGGCCAGUCGGAAAACUAACAGUUCUCUCAACGUAAAAAAUAAACAGAGCGUGAUUUUGAAUCCCUUGGACAAAAUG